AUGAUGUCACGAUUACGUAAAGUAGACAAAUCAAUCCUCGAACAAUCGUCAUCCGAACCCGUACUUCUCGACACCGAAGAUCAAACGAAUCUAAUCAACAAUUUAUCAAUUUCAAAUCAACAAACCUAUGACAAGUAUGUGAAAUAUUUAUCAUAUUUAUACAUUAUCCAAAUCAUGGCAAUAAUCACAAUCCAAUUCCUAACUAAACCUAAGCUAAUCACGUUGUUGAUAUUGUUAUCUAUUGCAUUAUCGGUCAUAAAUAUCAAAUUUCCUAAUUAUUAUUCAACAUAUGUGAAAUAUAUGAAUUGGGGAAUUUGUAUCCAAUGUAUUGUACUUUUGGUGAUGAAGAUAAAGGAGGAUAGAGAAAUAUUUUGUAUUUUGCCCGUGUUUAAUAAUAUUAGUGUUUGGUGUUUUAGAAAUUGGUUUGAAGAUAUGAUUCAACAUGUGGAUCAAUUGGAUAAAUUGAAGUAUAAAUUUAAGAAUGUCUAA